CGGCUCUGUUUUGCCCUCAAUCCGGGCCUAAUGCUGUAGCAGACAGCGCGGGAGGAGAGCGAGCGAGAGACAACGCACUGACCGAGAGUCGGCGAGGGACAGGGCGGACCGGGGAGACGACGGGAUUGCUCAUUCGCCUGGAAACAUGGGAUGUACACUGAGCGCCGAGGAGCGCGCCGCUCUGGACCGGAGCAAGGCCAUCGAGAAAAACCUGAAAGAGGACGGGCUGGUCGCCGCCAAGGACGUCAAGCUGCUCCUGCUCGGCGGCGGAGAGUCCGGCAAAAGCACCAUCGUCAAACAGAUGAAGAUUAUCCAUGAAGAUGGCUUUUCUGGGGAUGAUGUGAAGCAGUAUAAGCCUGUGGUCUACAGCAACACCAUCCAGAGCUUGGCAGCCAUUCUUCGAGCCAUGGACUCACUGGGCAUCGAGUUUGGAGACAAAGACCGAAAAGCCGAUGCGAAGCUGGUUUGUGAUGUGGUCAGUCGUAUGGAGGACACAGAGCCGUACUCUGCAGAGCUCCUCACUGCUAUGAAGCGUGUAUGGGCCGAUGCUGGGACUCAGGAGUGCUUCAACCGCGCCCGGGAAUACCAGCUCAACGACUCUGCUCAAUACUACCUGGACAGUUUAGACCGGAUCGGGGCGGCCGACUACCAGCCCACAGAGCAGGACAUCCUGAGAACCCGAGUGAAGACCACUGGAAUCGUCGAAACCCACUUCACCUUCAAAAACCUCCAUUUCAGGCUGUUUGACGUGGGAGGGCAGAGGUCAGAGAGGAAGAAGUGGAUCCACUGCUUUGAAGAUGUGACGGCCAUUAUCUUCUGUGUUGCUCUGAGUGGCUACGACCAAGUGCUCCAUGAAGAUGAAACAACUAACCGCAUGCAUGAAUCACUCAUGCUCUUCGACUCCAUCUGUAACAACAAGUUCUUCAUCGACACCUCCAUCAUUCUCUUCCUCAACAAGAAGGAUCUGUUCGCUGAGAAGAUCAAGAAGUCACCGCUGACGAUCUGUUUUCCAGAAUACACAGGUGCUAAUACUUACGACGAUGCUACUGCAUAUAUUCAGGUUCAGUUUGAGAGUAAGAACCGCUCUCCCAACAAGGAGAUCUACUGUCACCUGACCUGUGCCACAGACACAGGAAACAUCCAGGUAGUGUUUGAUGCCGUCACUGACAUCAUUAUUGCAAACAACCUUAGAGGGUGUGGCUUAUACUGAGGCCUGGCCAAGCACAGAGGUUGUCAUGGAGUGUAUGAGGUGUUAAUAAUGAUAAUUUUGAUGAUACUUAAACACAUAAAUAUGUAAUUCUACACGUCCAAAUGGACCCAAAGAGCUGCCGUCAGACACCACACUGGAUUAUUGCCAUGAUUUGUUCCCUUUCCUCUUAUUUUAAGUAUACAACCCCCGUUUUGUCUUUAAAAAAAAAAAAAAAAAGUGUUUUUGAGCUGAAUGUUUCAUGUUUUGUUGAUAAGUGUGUCAACAACUGGUAAGGUCAGAAGCACCAGGGGUUUAUUCGGCCUUGCGUUGCGAAACUCUUGACUACCCAGAAAUGUAAUGCGAAGAGCGUCGUUCACAAACACAACGUGGAAUAUUGUCCCGUUCUUAGUGGCAUUUUUAUGUGCAAGUCUCGAGGCGUUUAUAUCCGUACUGAAUACAGCCUCUGGUGCUCCGUUUGAAGAGCUGCAGUGUGUAAGAAGGUGGAGAUGAUGUCGGGGAGGUGCCGCGCUCAUGGCUGAGAGUCAUGGAUGGAAAGAAGGAGGCUAUUUUAACUUUCCUUCAGACCCACACAUGACUGAGUAGCCUGCAGGUCUGUUCCACUCUCGGUUUUCUCUUUUACUCAAAAACAUAAUGAAAGAGAGGACUGUUCUGUUCAGAGUGGCCGCCCAACGCCAUUGGCCUCCUGUAGCGUGAGGAAAUACCUAUCAGCCAAUGAUAUCUCAAAAUAAAAUAAAAUGGAAAAAAAAAAAAACAUAUCGGUGCCAACCAUCUGAGAACGACAGAUAGGGGAAUAGGAUCAGAAAUCAUAGCUCAUACUAUCGACUAUAUUAUUUAAGUUAACAGAUUUUAUUAUCAUCGAAUGAUUUAUUUAUUUAAGCCUCAUGCCCUACAUGCCUCCUCCUACCUCCUGAAAUCCCGUGCCACAUAUUUAUUUCCUGUCAUGAAACACUGGGGUGCGUUGGUACCCGUCGUCUACGGUUCAGAGGGUGGAAAGCAGCCCUCCAAUGACAUCUUGUUCUCUGUGUGGUGCUUUGACCCUUCGAUGUGAAUCUGUGUAGAAAUAGAAGACUGCACGAGGAGAACAAUAUCAUUUGAGGCAGCCUCUGUCUGGGGAGUCCAGGUUUUUUUAUAAACCCUCUUCUCCCCUGAUCAGUGAACAGGGAACCAUUAUCUCCCCCUCCCCACCCCUUCUCCCUCACCCUCCCUCCCUCCCUGCCUCCCGUCUGUCACGUUUCUCUUUUCACAGAGGAAAAAGUACAGCUCUCCAUUUUCACCUGUGCACCCAGAAAUUCAUCCUCCCAUCCCUGUAUACUCUUUACCUUUCACAUAUCAGUCCUCAUAUCCUAUCUCCAUUUCCACCUUAAAAAAGCACCGUACUGUAUAUAUAUAUUAUGAUUAUACCAGAUUUUUUUUUUUACUGUGAAUGUUUUUGUGCUGCACCCCAUCCUAUUCAGUAGUUUAUUGGUUGCUCUCAUGUGGAAUGUUUGUGCUGAGCCAAUCGAAUGUUGUGUUUACAUUAAAGCCACACUUUUCCUAACUA